AUGCAUAUCUCAGACCACGAUUCACAUGAAUCAAUGUUUGAAAGUAUGACAUCCGAAUUCGAAGCGAAAUAUCAAGAUACGAUUGAUACCAAUGAGCCUAGUGAGCUAACAAAUACUGAAGAGCUUCCCAUUCCACCGGAUACUGAAGAUCACUACACUGACCAAAAGGUCAAAUGGCGUAAACAGGACGAUGAGCCUGUUUUGUAUAGAGAUAAGUAUAUUGCUGUUACAACUACUUACUUAUAUAUUUUUAAUUACUACAUGCCGGAUGGGAAGGACAAGGCUAUCGCUUAUACUAGUAUAAAAAAUAUACAAACUGAUAAAGAGGCAAAUGUCUCUGACUGGGCCUAUCAAAAAUGGGGAGCUGGGUCAAUAGAUCUUUGGUGGGCUAAAGAUUUUGGAAGAUGGAAAGGUCAUGAUUUGUGUGCGAUUGUUACUGUUGACCGUGGUAUGGUCAAACGAAAAGGAUUUACCAUAGAAAAUAUUAAAGGCUUUCAUAUUCUCAAAGAAGCUUGGAAAAAGGCGAAUGGACUACCUUACGAAGAUGAUGGAUAA